AUGGCUGAGAAAGCGGCGGCGAAAGGAGUCGAGCUGACGGAGACGGACCAGGCACGCUACGAUUUGAUUAUUCGCAAUUUACAGGAAGUUCUUGGUGGUGAAAAGCUGAAGGAUCAGCUAGCACGUGGAAAAAAUGUGCACGUUUAUUGGGGAACAGCAACGACGGGAAAGCCGCAUGUUGGAUACUUGGUGCCAAUGAGAAAAAUUGCCGACAUGCUACAAGCGGGAUUAAAGGUUACGAUCUUAUUUGCUGAUUUACACGCUUUUCUCGACAACAUGAAAAGCACGUGGGAGCUUUUGGAAAAUCGAGUGAUUUACUACGAAAAUGUAAUCAAAGCUCUUUUGCAAUCUCUCGAUGUGCCGAUUGAACAAUUGCAUUUCAUUCGAGGAACCACCUACCAGUUAAGCAAGAACUACACAUAUGAUAUUCUUCGAUUAUGUGCGAAAAUCAGUCAAAGAGACGCUCUGCGUGCUGGUGCUGAAGUUGUGAAGCAGGUCGAAUCACCAUUUCUCUCUGGCCUGCUUUACCCACUUUUGCAAGCGCUUGAUGAACAAUAUCUGAAGGUGGAUGGUCAAUUUGGAGGCGUUGAUCAACGAAAGAUUUUUAUCCUUGCUGAGGAACAAUUACCAAAUUCUGAAGAAAACUCGAAAAUUGAUCUGCUUGAUGAGCCACAAAUUGUACAACGCAAAAUUGAAGGAGCAAUGUGUGAAAUUGGUGCGGAAGAUAAUGGUGUUCUGGCGUUCUAUCAAUAUGUACUUUUUCCAAUUGUUCUACCAAACCCAGUCAAUGUUAAUGGAAAGAGUUAUGGAUCUUUUGAUGAGCUAAAGGGAGCUUUCAUCAAUGGAUUGCUAACAGGAGCUACUUUGAAAGAAGGACUCCACAAAUUUCUCAAUGAGCUGCUGGCAAAGGUCCAAAACAGAUGUGAUACUCCUGAAAUCAAAGAUGCUAUACGUAAAGGAUAUCAAGAUGUGCCCGAACAAAAAGUUUCUUUGAGUCCAACAUCGAUUCAACUUUCAGAAUCAGAAAAGAAAGCCUUUGACCAAAUCGUUAAUGGACUCUCUAUUGUCGGAUCCGAGCACUCUUUAAAGAGAAGUCUUCAAUCCAAUGAACCACUGAAAGUUUCAAUUCCAAUAUUCUGCAAAGGGCGCUUUCAUCUAGGUUACUUGAUGCCCUUGCUAUUGAUCAAGAAAUAUUUGGCAAGUGGUGUUAACAUUCAAGCGAGCAUUUUGCUAAUCGAUAUGAUUGGCUUCUUGGAUAACGAAAAGAUUCCGUGGGCAGCACGAGACGGACGAGCAGCCUAUUUUGCAGUUGCUCUGAAACAAGUUAUCCAACUGCUGGGCUUGGAAGACAAAGUGCAAGUGUGCCGGUCUGCGGAUGAUGAAAACAAUAACUUUUCAAAAGACUACGUAUUGGAGAUGUACAAAAUGGCUUCAAUUGUGACUCGAGAUGAAACAUCGAUAUCAGAAGGAACAAUGCUAUCUGGAAACUUGAUUCCACUAAUAUAUGCACUCGAUGUUCACUACAGUAACGCUGAUGUUGUGCUGCUGGGCGAAAAUAAUAAGGAUCAAAUAGCCACACUAGCGGAAAAGUUGUGGAACAAGUCCAUUGGUGUCAAUGGACCGACUCAGUUGAUCUACCCUUGCCUGAUUGGAAUGAACGAAGCCAAAAUGUCGGCCACUGUUCUCGAUGCGCAGCUUGAUCCGCUCGAUACUGCUAAACAACUCAAGAAAAAGAUUGCCGGUUCGUUCUGCGAGCCGCAAAAUGUCAAACGGAAUGUUGCUCUUACUCUUGCGCAACAACUCGUUUUUCCAUUGCUGGAUGGAGAACCGCUUGAAAUUAGCAGGAGCGAAGAAAAUGGUGGAAACAUUUCGAUUGAGAAUUUCGAUCAACUUGUGAAAGAAUUUGAGGUCGGCUCAAAUCCGCAAUUUCCAUUGCAUCCGGCAGAUUUGAAGACAGCCGUUGUGAACGUUAUCAAUAAGCUCUGCGAGCCUCUUCGAUCAAGCAUUCCACAAAACGUCGUGACAGCCGCUUUUCCAAAAAAUAAA